AUGCCUUGUCUUAUUCUUGAAAAUUAUCCUCUGGCUUGGAUAGAUGUUAAAACAACAAACUAUGACAUUAUUUUCCAUCGCUUAAAAAUUUCUUCUGAGAAAAUUCCUCUUUUAUUAGAAGACUUCGGAACAGCUCCCUUCUACUUUAAAGAUCAGGCUAUUAUCUCUGGCUCUCUUUACUAUAUACUUGCAAAGCCCCCCAGUACUAAAGUCCUAGCUAAAUACUAUAGAGUGAAAACUAAGGGUUAUAUAAAUAAUACUAACUCUAUCUGCUUCGCCUGGAUAUUUAGGGAGGUUUUAGAAUCGCAAUCUAAGCCUUCUGUAAAGUUUUCUGAAUAG